AUGUCAGAGCCAGGCUCGAACAGUCCGGCGUCAGCACCGAGUAAACGACCAAGACCCGUCAUCUCGUGCCUAGAGUGCAGGCGCAAAAAGCUGAAAUGUUCACGCACGCAUCCAUGUCAGCAGUGCGUCAAGAUAGGCAAGCCCAGCAGAUGCGAAUAUCAAGCCGGACAGGAACCUGAGCCAAACGUCGACUACUCUGCAUCUUACAACACACCGAACAAGAGACCACGGCUCGUUCUGUCUCCCGACCAUGAGGAAGUCGAAACAUCCUCAGAUAGAAUCGACGCUCGUAGGCAAAGUUCUGUCGCGGCAAAGUCAGGCGUCCUCGAGGAUCUGCAGGAUAGAGUAGCUAGGCUGGAGCGCGCUCUUCUGGCUCAGAAUGCGCACCCGAAUGGCAAAUCCGCCUCUUAUUCGCAUUCGACAGGUCUUCGUGAAUCGGCGAGCAGCACUGAUAAGACUCAACCUCUGAGAAGGUCUAUUCACGUCAGCUCGAAGCAUGAUUCCAGCAACGCCCAGAUACUCCAGCUGCGAGCGGACCUCACGGACUUCCAUCGCGCAGUCGAGGGGAACCACCGAGGCCAGAGAUAUCAGGCCAUGUCAGCCUCCUCAAACACUCGGCAUACUCUACAGCUCCCGCCCUUCGAACUCUGCCAGAAGCUGGCAGUCCUCUACUUCGACAACAUGGAACACUGUUUCCGGAUCUUGCUCUGGUCCGAGUUCAAAGACCAGCUGGACCUUCUGUUCUCCGAGGGCGAAAGCGCCUGCAGAUUUGGCUUCAUUCCACAACUGGUCGGUGCUCUCGCCAUCGCCGUUCUCCUAGGCACGCAUCAAGAAUGUGAAGCAGCCGCCGCAUACAGGACGAUCAACCCAACCGAGGCAGUACACUUCAUGGACGAGUUCCUACGGAGUCUACACCACAACGACAGAUAUCGCCUACCGGCGCUUCAAGUGAAGAUGCUCGUGCUCAUGUGCAGGUGGCUAAAUCUGGAACCGUUUGACAAUUUGUUCCGGCUCAAUGGUGAACUGCUGAGGGACGCCCUAGUGAUGAAGAUGGACCAGGAUCCGGCGAGUCUAAAGAACGUCACCAUAUAUGAAGGCGAAUUGCGAAGACGCAAUUGGAUGACAAUCAUCGAAGUCGACCUCAUGCUCUCGAUCUUAUGCCAGCUGCCUUGUUUGGUUCCCCCCUAUGCGUCGCAAUCCCCACGAAACGUCAACGAUGAAGAGAUUUUCGAGAGCAUGUUGGCUCUCCCUGCUUCGAGACCGACGACAGAAUGGACCGACGGCCUCUGUCAAUAUCUUCUUGCGCAGACCUUUCCCCGCAGAGUGGCGGCCUGCUCACAACUGGACAAGCUCAGCCGUGUCACAGCCGAAGACAUUCUCCCGCACAUUCGAUACCUGGAACAAGUCCUCCAGGAGCUGCCGCCUCCUUUGCGCUUCAACUACCUGGGCGACGAGGCGAGUAAGACUCCAGCUCGCCUGAUGGCCAGGAUGGAGCUCGACAUAAGCAUUCGAAGACCGUUGAUGCAUCUAUACUCACGUGGCAUCCUAUCCCCGGACCUGGACAACGUGCCGCGUGACAUCCGAGCCGGGUAUUUGCAAAGCUGCCUGAUGAUCGCCAACUACCAGGACUUGUUCGAUCCACAAUAUUCCGAGCUCGAUGUCCCCAGACCCCACGGGUACUGGGAUUUCUUCUACAGCUGCUACAGACAGGAACUGGGCCAAGCGACGCUCGGUCUCUGUCUGGAAAUCCAGAACCUGAGCUCUCCCAUUCACGCAAACGGCGGUCUCUCAACAAAUCCGGCGUCAUCAUCGUCGGAUACCCCGGCCACUGCUGUCGUUAAAGCGCCGCCGUACACACGAGAGAGUCUGAUCAACGCUGUCAAGGACACGCUGGAGCCCAUGAGACGUCGGCUCCCGCACCGCGCGUCCAAGGUCAAAGAUAUAGUCUACUACGAGACCAUCCUGGCGUCUCUGCUUCCCGAAAGCGCCGCGCAAGCCGGCAAGGAAGUCGUCAUCACGGAGAGACUGCAUUCCCUUGUCCGCGAGUGCCGAGCCGAGUUGGAACGCGCGGCCGUCUCAAACUGUCAGAGACACGAGCCGGGGCAUCAUGACAUUCCUGACGGUAACAUCUCCAGCUUUGACCCUCUGUGGGAAGGGUUUCCGAAGAUCGACAUAUUUGAGCCACUCGACUUCGCUACUGCGUUAGGGGAUUCGCGUCCCUGA